AUGAAGAUCGAAUGUAAAAAGGUUUCGUUAAUUGGCUCCCCGGAGCCCAGAUGGGGUCAUACAUCUAUAACACUACCAAAUGGUUCAGGAUUUAUUGUUUUUGGAGGAAAUAGCAAUAGGGCAUUCAACGACAUACAAUAUUAUAAUAUACAAAACAACUCUUGGUCAAAAAUAGAGGCUGUGGGAAAUACUCCUUCUGAAAGAUAUGGUCAUAGUGCAGCCUUAUAUCAGUCCCAAAAUAGACCCUAUAGUGAUUCAUAUCAAAUUAUAUUUUUUGGUGGAAGGGCAACCUCAAAACCAUUUUCAGACAUUAAUAUAUUAUAUGUUAACAUCACAAAUAAAUCGGUCGAGGGUAGAGCAGGGCAUACAUCAGUCGUAUAUAGAAAUUAUUUAAUUGUAUUUGGUGGACACAACAACCAUAAGAGUAAAUAUUAUAGCAGUGUACUUGGUUAUAAUUUAGAUACAAAUGAAUGGAAGCAACAAUCCUGUAGUGGAGUAAUACCAUCAGCACGUGCAACUCAUUGUACGUUUCAAAUUAAUAAUAAAAUGUUUAUAUUUGGUGGAUACGAUGGAAAAAAGUAUUACAACGAUGUAUAUUAUUUAGACUUGGAUACAUUCACAUGGAAAAAAGUUGAACCAAAAGGUAUAGCACCAAAACCAAGAAGUGGCCAUUCAGCUACUUUAAUUUCAAAUAAUAAACUUAUGAUAUUUGGUGGUUGUGGCAGUGAUUCAAAUUUCCUAAAUGACAUUCAUAUUCUUCACAUAGAUGGUGUUAAUGAAUACCAUUGGGAACAACCUCAAUACAUGGGCAUCGAAAUUCCUCAGGCUAGAUUUAGACACACUACAAACUUCAUUGGCGGAAGAAUGUACAUUUAUGCAGGCACUGGCUCUGGUAACUUAAUGGGAGAUCUACACCAAUUGGAGUUUUUUGAUGAUAAUAAUAACCCAUUGGUACCAAUCAUACCAUCCAUUCAAACAAAUAAUAAUAAUGGUAUUUAUGGUUCACCAUCAAAUAAUUUAUUAUCAACAAGUUCGAGUUCCUCUUAUUUAUCAACCUCACCUCAAUCAACUUCCUCAAUUUUAUCAAACCAUAAUUUUAAUUCCCAACAUAGUAAUAAUAAUGAUAUAACAAAUGAUACUUUAAGUGAUCAUAGUAAUCACAGUAAUAAUACAUUAGCCAGCAAUAAUAGUAUAGGUAGUAAUCAAUCAUCACAAUAUUUACAAAUCCCAUCGACAUUAUCAAGAUCAAAUUCAAAUAUAAGUUUAAAUUCAUCGACAUCAUCCCUACAAUCAGUUCAAACCACUACUACAACGAGCACUACCACUUCGCAAACAUCGAAUCGUUCAAAUUAUUCUAAUAGUAAUCGAUCAUCAAUUUCAAUACCUCACAGUAACUAUAGUGGCAGUUCUGGUCAUAGAAAUCAAUAUCAGCAUCAGUACCAACAACAGCCACAACCACAACCUCAAGUUAAAACAAAUUCUGCCGAAGAAUUAAUACUUGAAGAGUUAAGAUCAUUAAAUAUCUAUGACCAAGCAGCAGGAAAUAAAGAUUUUCAAAGUAGUCUCAGAAGAGUUGAGGAUCAUUUUAAUCAUAAAAUUCGUCACGAACAAAAGUAUCGUCAAAAUUUAGAAGAAAAGUUAGAUAUUGAUGAUUUACCAACCGAAACCUGCUUAAAAUUAGAGGAAAUUCAUGUAAAAUCAUUAGAGAAAUUAAGGGUUAAAAAAUUACCUCAAAAAUCAUCACCAAAUAGCAAUCAAACUACCAAUAACGGUAGUCAUUUAAAUAACAAUAGUAUUGUUGGCGAACAAACAAUUAUUUGUAAUAACAGUCAAAUUUCAACUCAAAUACCAAAUCAAUUAUUAUCAACUCAACAAUCAAUAUUAGAUUCAAAACAACUUGCACAGCAGCAGCAACAACUACAACAACAACAAAAGCAACCAUUAUCACAAAGACAAGUUUUAACAUCAUCAUCGUCAUCAACUUCGUCAUUAUCUUCACAGCAACAACAAAAACAACAUAGAUUAUCAAUUUCUUCAAACUCAAGUAUCAUAUCAAAUAACAGUAAUAGUAAUAAUGAUAGUCAAUAUUAUGAAAAUAAAAUCAAAGAGUUAACAAAUCAGCUCAAAGAAAAGAAUCAAAGUUUAGCGGAAAAAGAUAUUGAAAUUAAUGGUUUAAACAAACAGUUAAAUAAAUUUAAAUUAAUCAAUAUUGAUGCCUUGGAUGUUAGAGAGCUUUUAGAUUUAGAAGCCAUCUUCCAUAAUAAUCUCAGACAGAUCAGUACCAUCAAGGAUCAAAUCUAUAGCAGUCGUUUAUCGGUAUUAGAAAAAGAAAAAGACCAACUAAAAGAUCAAAAUAGUUGCGUUAUUUGUGUAACAAACACACCAAACAUCUUAUUACUUCCAUGCAGACAUAGUUCCAUUUGUUCUGAAUGUUCAACUAAAUUAACUAGAUGCCCUUUGUGUCGUUCGGAAAUCACCAAAACAUUGGAGAGAUUUUAA